AUGGUCAUGCAUAGUCAUUAUGACACGUCGUUAGUGGAUGUGACAUCACAGACACCAGAGCUGACCACAUCUCCAUCUGGGCACCGUUACCUCGUCGGCACACGGAAGAGAACCAUUCGAGAUGUUAACUUCAUCAAGGGAUGGUUCCGAUCCAAUGGAUGUUUACCAGAUUUUGAGACAAUGUCAGAAGCCGAUUUGAAUGACCAGCUCUGUCAAUUCUACCUCCAUGCCCGAACAAAGGAUGAUAAACCUUUUACAAGGACUAGCCUGCUUGGGCUUAGGGCCAGCCUCAACCGUUACCUUUUGUCGCUUCCUCCUGGAAGGAAACAAUGGAGUACCAUACUCAAACAUCCUGCAUUUGCCACUUCUAACAGAAUCAUGAACCGCAAAUCUACAGAGGAGAGGAACAGGGACAGGCCCCCAAAGACUGUGCCAAUCUCACUCGCAGAUCUAAACAAGUUGAUGUCAUCUAAGAUUCUACACACUUCAUUCCCAGUAGGACUUCAAAAGAAGGUAUGGCUGGACAUUGUGCUUCACUUUGGUCUCCGUGGUAACAAAGCAAUGUGGGCACUGACCAAGAACUCUUUCUUGUUGGAGGUUGAUAAGGCUGGCCGACAGUACUAUCAUCUGAACCAUGAGACAGAGCUACCAAAACAAGAAGUCUACUCGGAAAUGAAAGACUGGUAUUGGUAUUCACGAAUGUAUGAAAUUGCUGACAGUCCCAGGUGCCCUGUUCAAAGUCUGUCCAAGUACCUACAGAAGUUAAGUCUAAGUUGUAAUGAAUUCUUCCAGCGGGCCUUAGAGUCCCGCGCGAUGUGCUCUGGUGUAGAUGGUGAUACAACUUGGUAUCGAGGUCCCAUGGGUGACCAGGCAGUCAUGAAGAUGAUGAGUGACAUGUCCAGGUUCUCUUCGCUCUCUCGUAUCUACACCAAUACCUCUGUUCGCUCCACACUUGAUGAGUUGCUUGGAAAACAAGGAGUCGUUUUGGAUGUACUGUUCAUGCAAAAAGGAGAACCUAUCACUUCAGACAGAUUGGAAUUCAAAAGCAAUUUGAUUCACAAUGCAUUCUACACUUGUGAAGGGGAACAUAACUAACAGCUUACAUGGCAUGAUAGACCAGUGCCUCCAAAGGUCAAAUGAGGUCAAUAAGGUUGGAUGAAAGUAAUACCUCACAAGGUCAAAUCAAACAAAUAUUUUACAUGGUUAGAGUUCUCAGAGGGUAAGGAACACAGAUAACUCAUAUUAGAUCAUACGAGACUGAUAACUCACAAGAUUAAUGAGGCAGCCAGCUGACAAAUCUGAAUCCUCUGAGACUAACAGCUGAGGUCAAAUGAGGCAAACGACUCACAAGGCUGAAAUAAGACUACUAAAUCAUAAUGCUGAAUAAGAGUAACCUCGCAUGGCAGAAUGAAAAGAUUAAAGCUGAAUGUCCUUUUUCAAACAUGUUUAAACCCAACUUCUGCAGAAAGACAAAAUCAUAAAGUUCGUCAUAGUAUGAAGCAUAGAUCUUCAAACAAAAUUCUGUGUUACACUGAAGGGUACAGGACUAACAGUAAAUACUGAUGAAUGUCUGGUUAGGUCUUCACUGAAAUAGUUUUUAUGCGAAUGAACAUCAUCGAUACUCCAAGGGUGCAGAGAGCAAAAGUGAUCGUAACCCCUGGAACAUGUCAUGGCAAAGGAGCAACACCCAACUUCAAAGCCAUUACAAUAUACUAUUAUGCGAUCUCAAGAUAUGUGCAAUGUACAUCAAAGGGUCAACCUAGUCUUUGUAUCUUUCUACAAGAUGUCACACAUGAAACCUUUUCAUUUUGCAAUGACAUGUUGCAGGGGUGUAGAGAGUGAAAGUAAUUGUGACCCAUGAAAUAUCGAGGAUGGCAAGUGAUGGAACCCUAAUCUAAGCCUAGAUCUAAUGGUAGAUGUAUGAGGAAGUUGUUUUAGAUAAUUCUCUGCAGCAAUGGACACAACUUAAUGUGAACUCUAGAUUCUGUAGACUAUCAGUGUGAUGUAGCUGGUGUUAGGCUCCACAAACCAAUCUACAGAGAAGUAUCACUUAGUUACAUGUAAAUAAUAGUUAUCUCCUACUUGUGAGAGUAAAAUUACAAUACCUACAAAACUGUAUAGAUAUUGCAAGAAGCACAGUUUUGCAUUCGUAAUCUGUAAUCUACAACUUUAUAUGGGAUAUUGAGGCUAGACUUCAGAGUGAUAAUGUAUAUAUAUUGAUCAGGAGAUAUUCAGGAUUCUACAAGGUUUCUGUACUAAAAUCAAGGUUAGGAAUUACCAGUUUCGUUGUGAUAAGGCACAAGGAAUUGUUACAUUGUAAUAUGGAUCACAUUCCUACACUGAGUAA